CUCUCGUCCAGCGGCAGCAUCACCUACUCACUCUACAGCACAUCUCGAGCGAGCCUCGAGCUCUCGUCGCACUCCGCGAGCAGACACGACGGGCUGCGGCUAGUCCACUCGUUUGCCAGGCCAACGCGUCGUCCUUCCCCGCGGUCGUGUGACGCGUCACCCGGCGUAGACGCGCCGCUCCGGCUCCGAGCCCGUGCCUUCAACGCUUCAUCUGCAAGCACACAGCCACGAACGUCUGUCUUCCGACCUCUAUCUCUGCAUGCCAGCCGUCAAGCCGCGGGUCAUCUUCCUUUGAGCGUCUCGACGCUCCUCUCGAGGAGGCACGAUGCUGGUGUACGCUCGCGAUGCGCCGCGCGCCCUCGUGCUCGUCGCCGCCUCGUUCGAGCCGUCAUCAGCAGCAUCGAGUGCAGCGGGCGGCACGGCCCUGGUCAUUUCGACGGCGCUCGAUGGCCGCAGUACGGGUACUGGCGCUGCACGCGCCGUCAUCGAGAUGCUGCCUGCCAAUCGCGUGGACUUGGCGGCGUGCUCGCGGCUGAGCAUGAAGCCGGCGAUGGGAUGUCUAGGACUGAUGAAUGUCGGAGCAGACCUCUUCCUGGCGGUAGUGUCGACCAGCGUCUCCGUCGGCAACAUCCGGCCCUCAGAGAACGUGCAGCGCAUCACUUCGGUCGACUUCUACUGCGUCAAUCGCUCUGCCUUCGACGAGACCUUGACUGGUGAUCUGCUCGGCGAUGCGCCCGGGCCGCUCGACCCACAAGGCUACGCUGCACCACUGGGCGGCGAGCCUGUGGGGUCGCAGAUGCAGCAGCAGGCAGAGCACCCGUGUGCCUCGCUUCGCAAGCUGCUGGCCACCGGCACGUUCUACUAUCCCGCCCGCGCCUCCUUUGACCUCUCGAGCCGCCUUGAUCGGCGAUACGUGCGCGGCCCGGCGAAGGCAGUCACAGCCGCCAGCUCACAUCGGCGCGAAGAGGUGCAGCAUGACAUCUCGAGCUACGACGGCCGCUUCGUGUGGAACAGCUACAUGAUUGAGCCGAUGAUGGACUUUCGCAGCAGACUGGAGACGGAGGAGCGCCGCAAGCUGGACAGAGAGUGCUUCCUGCUGCUCGUUAUUCAAGGCUUCGUUGCUACGUUUGAGUGGCCGUCCGCUGGCCUCGCCACCGGCGCACAUCCUUCGCGCGCGGGCACGACGCUGGCACUCGUCAGCCGACUGAGCUGGAAGCGAGCCGGCACGCGCUUCAACACGCGCGGCAUCGAUGACGAUGGCAACGUCGCCAACUUUGUCGAGUCCGAGACGCUCGUGACGCACGAGUCGGUCAGCGUCAGCCACACGCAGGUCCGUGGCAGCGUGCCGCUCUUUUGGGAGCAGCAGGGUCUGCAGGCGUUCAAUGCGCGCAUCCAGAUCUCACGCCCCCGGAUAGCGUCGCAGCCUGCGUUCGACCGACACUUUGCCGAGCUGAUCUCGCAGUACCGGGCCGUGCACUGCAUCAACCUGCUCGGCACGCGCGAUGCCGAGAUGAUCCUCUCUGCCGCGUACGCCGAGCACGUGCGCAACUCCAGUGCCGAGCUGCUGCUCGACUCGCAGAAGCCUGCAGUGCACGGACUCGCCACGCAGCCAGACGUGGGCGAUACGGACGAGCCGCUCGACUACGACAAGCUCGGCCUGACCAACUUCGACUUUCACCAGACCAGCAAGCUGCAGGGCGGCCUGGACGGCGUGCGCAAUGAGCUCAAGUAUCUCGGGCCCGUGCAGCUCAAGAAGAAGGCGUUCCUCUACACUGUCGUCGUCGACGGCGGCGAGAACGAGGGCGUGUACCGCCGGCAGGGCGGCGUGUUCAGGACAAACUGCCUAGACUGCUUGGAUCGCACCAACGUCGUCGAAGACAUGAUCUCGCAGGCUGCACUCGAGUCCUUCUUUGACAGCGCCGCCAAGCACAACGAGACCUUUGAGCCGUUCCGCAGCCCUGCGCAUGCGGUGUGGGCGCAUCACCGCGUCAUGUGGGCAGAGAACGGUGAUGCCCUGAGCAAGAUCUACGCUGGCACUGGCGCACUCAACACCAGCUACACGCGCGCCGGGAGCGGCAAGAAGACCAUCGGCGGCUUCCUCAGCGACGCAGCGAAGAGCGCCGGACGCAUGUACAUCAACAACUUCCAGGACAAGAGCAAGCAGAACGUCAUCGACGCGCUGCUCGGCAACAUGGCCAACCAGCGGCCCGUCAGCGUGUAUGAUCCGCUGCACGACUCCGUCGCCGCCGAGCUGGUGGAGCGGCUCGACGAGUACUCAACGACGCGCGAGCUGUCCAUCCACGUAGGCACCUGGAAUCUCGCUGGACGGGGGCCCAUGGGCGAGUCGCUCCUGCCCUGGCUCUUCCCGCACGGCUCGUCUGUGGAGCCCGACGUCUUCGCGCUGGGCUUUCAAGAGGUAGUGCCGCUGACGCCGCAGCAGAUCCUCAUGACGGAUCCGGACAAGAUCCGUGUCUGGGAGGGCAUCAUCGUCAACACGCUGUCGCAGCGGCCCGACAAGAAGUCCGACUACGUCUUGCUGCGCAGCGAACAGCUCGUCGGCACGGCGCUGCUUGUGCUUGUCAAGGAGUCGCUGAUCGGCAGCGUGCGGCAGGUGGAGGGCGCGUCGAAGAAGACGGGCUUGAAAGGCAUGAGCGGCAACAAGGGCGGCGUGGCCAUCCGCCUCAGCUUCUUCGACACGACCGUCUGCUUCGUCACGGCGCACUUUGCCGCCGGCACCUCGAACGUCGACGAGCGCAACGCCGACUACUGGACCAUCUCGCGGGGACUGGCGUUCCAGCGCGGGCGCACCGUCACGAGCCACGACCACGUCGUCUGGCUGGGCGACUUCAACUACCGCAUCGACUUGCCGAACGAGGCUGUGCGUCCGCUGUGCGCCGCCGGCGACGUGGCACAGCUGUACGCGCGCGACCAGCUCGCCCGAGCGCGGGCCGCAAACGCCGUGUUUACGGGCUACGAGGAGGGCGCGGUGAGCUUCCUGCCGACGUACAAGUACGACCUCAACUCGGCGCUCUACGACUCGUCGGAGAAGAUGCGUGUGCCCUCGUGGACCGACCGCAUUCUCUACCGCGGGCCUCGUCCAGCGGCCCUACAGCAGACGGCUUACGGCCGCGCCGAGCUGCGGACGAGCGACCACCGGCCAGUCUUUGCCACAUUCAGGGCCGAGGCACGCGUCUUUGACCACGAGCGGCGCAACGCUAUCCGUCGCACGCUGCUCUCGGCUGGCAAGGCACAGUCGGCGCGUGGCGGCGGGCUGCUUGCGUCGGCUGUGCGCCUGUCGUCGGACAGCAGCGAGUAUGACGAGGACCUGCCGGAGCCUUCCAGCGACACGCAGAACUGGUGGGACAAGGCAGGCAGCAGCUCAGACUCGGACGACGGCGACGCCUCGUCGGGCUCGGAGCUGAGCGCCGGCGACAGCGAGGGCACCCUCUCGGGCAAUCCCUUCCAGCGCACACGGCACGACCGCUCGCGCACCGCGUCGCCCAACGGAGCGCCAGCUCGCCGUGUGCCACCUCGGCCGCCGCAGCGGGGUGCGACGAUCCGGGCGCAUGCUCGUACGCCAUCGGGCGCAGCGCGAGAGGCGAGCGACGCUCGCGCUGCGGCUUCAGUGCCACCUCCCAUCCCUGCCAAGCCGCGCUUAGACGGAGCUUCGGACGCAGCCUCGGCACAAGCACAGCCAGUCAAGCCAACGCCACCAGCGCCGCCACCACGCCCAGGCCUCGGGUCACGCUCGACGAGCUACAGCUCGAUCCACUCUGCCCGCUCCCUGAUGGACUCCAACUCGGACGAGGAGGAGGAGAAGAAGAGCCUCAAGCUGGGCCGAAAGCUGGAGUCCUUGACGUAAUAUACAGACAUUCCAGGGGUCGCUCAGAGCUUCGAGCCGGUCGUGAGCACGUCGAGCGCGUCGGAGUUG